UGAGAGCCAAAGCCAGAACUGUCAACGACCUGUUCAUGUCCAGAACUCGCAGGCCUGCACCGUGGGGGAAUCGCGUGGUGCAGACCCUGGAUCAGAACAGACGGUGAACUUCCGGGAAGAGCUCACUGAUCACCCAGACCUGCCCACCCGUGGAGCAGAACAGCUCCCUAGAAGACCAAAGACAGUAGCUAAGGAUCAAGGGCAGCAGGUCAUCUACUCAUUGCUCCUGAAAGACAAACCCAAAGAAGAGAAACAGAAAGAAAUGGCUGAUUCUCCCGUAAGCAUGUCCCAGUGUCUGUUGACAUUUGGGGAUGUGGCUGUUGACUUCCCUCAAGAGGAGUGGGAAUGCCUGGACUCUGCUCAGAGGGCUUUGUACAUUGAUGUGAUGUUGGAGAAUUACAGCAACCUGGUGUCCGUUGAGAACUACUGCAUAUGUGAUACUGUCCAUCAACAUGUGAAGACUAAAAAGGACUCUUGUCAGCGUAAAGAGCUUAGUGAAAUGCUUCAUGAUUCCCCACAUUGUGCACUUUAUAAAAGAGGUGAGACUGCAGAAACCUCUAAUAACUACAGAUGCUGUAAGGACAGGGAUGCCUCUGUUGACUCAUCAGAGCCAGAUCAACAUAAAAGCACACACACUGGAGAAGAACCUUGCAAAUCUGAAGACUGUGAGAGAUCUUUAAAUGUGUGUUCCAGCAUUAUUCAAGAUGAUAGACUCUACACCGCAAAUAAAAAGCACAGAGAGGAAGAAUAUAAUGACUAUUUCAACUGUACAUAUAAUCUCAUGCAACAGUCAAUCUACCUUGAAGAGAAACCACACAAGUGUGGAAAAUGUGGUAAAUGCUUCAGUACCUCCUCAAGGCUCAUUAAACACCAGAGAAUUCAUACUGGAAAGAAGCCUUACAAGUGUACCAUUUGUGAUAAAUCCUAUAACCAGUGUGCAAAUCUUAAAAUACAUCAAAGACUUCAUACUGGGGAGAAACCUUACAAAUGCAAAGAAUGUGGAAAAUCAUUUCGUCAAACCUCUGUACUUAAAAGCCAUCAGAAAAUGCAUACUGGAGAGAAGCCUUACAAAUGUAAGCAAUGUGACAAAUCCUUUGCCCAUUCUUCCAGUUUUAGGACACAUCAGAAAAUCCAUACUUCUGAGGAACAUUGUAGUUGUCCAGAAUGUGGCAGGGAGUUUCAUCAGCUUUCACACUUUAGAAAACAUUACAGACUCCAUACUGGAGAGAAGCCUUACAAGUGCAAUGAGUGUGGCAGAUCCUUUACCCACUAUGCAUCAUUAAGGUGGCAUCAGAAAACUCAUUCUCCAGAGAUAUAUUAUGAAUGCAAAGAAUGUGGUAAGUCCUUCAUUGAAUUAUCACAUCUUAAAAGGCAUUACAGAAUCCAUACUGGUGAAAAGCCUUACAAAUGUGAGGUAUGUGACAAAUCCUUUACUGUAAAUUCAACUCUUAAGACUCACCAGAAAAUUCAUACUGGAGAGAAACCUUACAAAUGUAGGGAAUGUGACAAAUCCUUUACUCAUAACUCACAUCUUCGAAGACAUCAGAGUGUUCAUACUGGAGAGAGACCUUACAAAUGUAAGGACUGUGACAAAUCUUUUACUGAGUGUUCAACUCUUAGAGAACAUCAGAAAAUUCAUACUGGAGAAAAAACUUACAAAUGUGGAGAAUGUAACAAAUCUUUUAGCCAGCAUUCAUAUCUCAGAAGUCAUCUCAGAGUUCAUACUGGAGAGAGACCUUACGUAUGUAAGGAAUGUGGCAAAUCUUUUUCUACAUGCUCGACUCUUAGGACACAUCAGAAAAUUCAUACUGGAGAGAAACCUUACAAAUGUAGGGAAUGUAACAAAUCAUUUACUCAGGACUCACAUCUUAGAACACAUCACAGAGUUCAUACUGGAGAGAGACCUUACAGUUGUAAGGAAUGUGACAGAUCUUUUACUCGGUGCUCAUAUCUUAGAGCACAUCAGAAAAUUCAUACUGGAGAAAAACCUUACAAAUGCAAAGACUGUGACAUAUCCUUUCUCCGGAUUUCUAGUCUUAGAAUACAUCAGGAAAUUCAUACUGGAGAGAAACCUUACAAAUGCAAAGACUGUGACAUAUCAUUUAACCAGAUUUCAAAUCUCAAAAGACAUCAGAAACUUCAUACUGGUGAAAAACCUUACAAAUGUAUGGAAUGUGACAAGUCCUUUACUCAGAACUCAAACCUUAGAGCACAUCAGAGAGUUCAUACUGGAGAGAAACCCUACAAAUGCAAAGACUGUGACAAAUCUUUUACUAGGUGCUCCUACCUUAGAGCACAUCAGAAAAUUCAUACUGGAGACAAACCUUACAAAUGUAAAGACUGUGACAAAUCCUUUAUCCACCUUUCAAAUCUUAGAAGACAUCAGAAAGUUCAUACUGCAGAGAAACAUACCAAUGUAAAUCAAUUGAUAAUGUGACAUAGCAUUUAUCCAAUAUUUUCUCAGCUUACAAAUCCUAACAUUAUACUUUAUACAUGAGGAUGAGAAACUUGUGAAUGUUUUUAAUGAAGUUUUAAAUCUUAGAAAGGAUGAGAGUUUUAGUUAAAAUUUUGCAAAUGUUGUGUGAAAAGUUCCCCCUCCCCCUCCCUCUUCCUCUGUGUGAGUUUGUAUGUGAGGGUAUAGUUUCUUUUGUGCUUGUAUCACUGCACUACAUGUAUUCAUAGUGCCCAUGGAGGCCAGAAGCUGGCAAGAAAUCCCCUGAAGCUGGAGUUAUAGACAGUUGUGUCUAUGUGUCUACUGGGAAUUGAUCCCCAAUCCUCUAAAAGAGAAGCCUUUGCUUUUAACUACUAAGCUAUCUCUCUACUCCUUAGGAAGAGUCACAAUUAAAACAUCUUGUUCAUAAUCCAAAAAGAUUCAUAAUGAGAUUUUAAUUCCAUGCAAGUUUGUGCACACCAUUUAGUCCCAGCACUCAGUUAACAAAAGCAAGAAGAUAUCUGUGAAUUCAAGGGUGUCCUGAUAAUUCAAGGACAGGCAGAACUACAUAAAUCCUGUCUCAAAAUAUAAUAAUGACAAAAUGUAAUAACAUUAAAAAUGUGACAAAGACCUCUAAUUGUGCUGUAUAUCACCAAGUUCAUCUUUCUGAGAAACCGUAUAAAGCUAUACUAUAU